GCCUCCACUCCACGAUUCAAAAACAGUAUAUUGAAAAAGAAAAAAAAUAAUUGAAAAGAUGUUGAGUUUGUGAGAUUUUUGUCUAUCUUGACAGUAUAAAAAGGGGUAUAACGUAACUGAAGCAUUACAAACAGUUCUAUUCAUCCGUCGCCAUUCAAAAUGGCAUUCAAACAUGGCUUCCUUUGCUUUGUUCUUCUUCUUGUUGUUCCUCUACUUGCAGUUGCAGACCCCGACGUGGCCCCUUCACAUGUCGUUGACAUUCUCCACCGGAGCAGUUUUCCCAAAGGCUUUGUUUUUGCCUCAGCAUCUUCUGCGUAUCAGUACGAAGGUGAUGCAUUCAGGGAUGGUAAAGGUCUAAGUAUCUUUGACAAUGCCACUCACCAUUUCCCAGAGAAAUUCAACAAUGAUAACGGAGAUGUUGCCAUUGAUCAAUACCAUCGCUACAAGGAAGAUGUUGCAAUUAUGAAGAAAAUGGGCUUAGAUGCUUACAGAUUCUCAAUUGCUUGGUCGAGAGUUUUGCCGAAUGGAAAACUUAGUGGAGGAGUGAACAAGAAAGGAAUUGAGUACUACAACAACCUGAUAAAUGAACUACUUGCAAACGGCAUCCAACCCUAUGUCACACUUUUUCAUUGGGAUGUUCCCCAAGCUCUACAAGAGGAAUAUACAGGCUUCGAGAGUAACAAAAUUGUGAAUGAUUUUCAAGAUUAUGUCGAUCUUUGCUUCAAGGAAUUUGGAGAUAGAGUAAAGCAUUGGAUUACCUUAAACGAGCCACAUUCCUUCACCCUGAUUGUUGAUGCUUUUGGUAUAAUCCCUAGAGACUGUUCUAAGAAACACGAUGUACGAUUAGAUUGUUUGGGUGAUGAUUCUGGCACCAGAAUGUACAUUGUUGGUCAUAAUGAACUUCUUGCUCACGCAGCCGCUGUGAAAGUUUACAAAACUAAAUAUCAGGCACGCCAAAAGGGUGUGAUUGGUAUUACAUUGGAUUCGUUUUGGUAUGUCCCAUAUUCAGACAGUGUGGCAGACAAAAAGGCCGCAGAACGAAUGCUUGAUUUUGGUAUUGGUUGGUUCCUGCACCCACUUACUUAUGGAGAUUAUCCAGCUUCCAUGAGAGCGCUUGUAAAGGAGAGAUUACCAAAAUUUACAAAGGCAGAAAGUAGUUUGAUCAAAGGGUCUUUUGAUUUUGUUGGAGUAAAUUACUACACCGCUAGAUUUGCAAAAGACAAUCCCAAUGCGCCUGGUCCAACGCCACAUUACUCAACUGAUAGUCGAGCAGACACUUCAAUGGAUCGUGAUGGAGUCCUAAUUGGUCCGGUGGCGAAUAAGGAAUCCUGGCAAGCUCAAUAUCCACAAGGCCUCCACGAACUAUUGGUGUACACGAAGAACAAAUACAAAGAUCCAAAUAUAUAUAUCACAGAAAAUGGAUUUGUUGAUAUUGGUGGGACUAAGGCUACGUUACUCAACGACACAGAUAGAAUUAGAUACCAUCAACAGCAUCUCAGCUCUGUCCUCAAAGCAACCAAGGCUGGUGUAAGGAUGAAAGGAUACUUUGCAUGGUCAUUGUUCGAUAACUUUGAAUGGAUAUUUGGAUAUAAUUAUCGUUUUGGCCUCAACUUUAUUGAUUACGACAACAACUUGACAAGAAUUACCAAGUUGUCAGCCAAAUGGUACCAAAAUUUCCUCAAGAAUUGAAGAUGAUCCAUCAGAUCAGAUUGUCCCAUCUGGCUAUUGAAGCUGCUAAGUAAAAGUUAAAUAAAUUAGGGCCGUUAUAUUCCAAUAACUAUAUAUAUUUCUUUUUGUUUCUAAGGAACAAAAGAUCAAUUUCGUUUGGCGCGCAUUCUAUUAGAAAUCAAUGCUUUUUUAUUUUAUUUUAUUUUAUUGAUGCAUACCAUUGUGACUGAGGAAGGCCUAGAAUAUUUGAAUGUAAAAAAGUUAUAACUGAUAGCAUUUUAAAAAAA